AAUUUCCCAACUAUCUAGUUAAUAGGUCCGGUUUUGAAACUAAUUGGGUUAGUAACAUCUCGAGUUUAUGACAGUCGAUUUUGGGCUUUGUAAAUCGACUCUCAUAGAGUCGGUUUUGGUUGUCCGUGACGAUCUGAUGUGGCGUACUGCCAGGUGGCAGCCAUCUGAAAAUCGACCAUCAGAAAGUCGAUUUCCAUGUGGAAACCGAGUGUGUGAAGGUCGAUUUCCAUGUGGAAACCGAGUGUGUGAAGGUCGAUUUCUAAUAGGAUAUAUUUGAAUUUAACGCUCUCUCUCAGUCACCCACCCACUCACUCUCCCUCAUCAGUCAAACGCCUCUACAGACGGACACUCUCGCUCACCCUCACUCACCCUCUCCUUCUCUCACUCUCUCAGCGUCACCGUCGCCGACGGCAGCCCCAACCCAGUCACCCACCCACCCACUCACUCUCCCUCAUCAGUCAAACGCCUCACUCACGCUCUCAGCAAACCGAUCGACACUCUCGCUCACCCUCUCCUCCUCUCACUCUCUCAGCGUCACCGUCGCCGACGCCGGCCCCAACCCACUCACCGACCCAGUCUCAGUCACUCUGUCGCUCACCUACGCGGUAUCUGAAACAAAAGUAUGGCUGCUGCAAAUGCUGGACAGAUUAACCAUGCGCAGCCUGGCCCCAUUGACAGGUCAGUGUUGACGUUGCAGCCCAACCAUCGAUCAGAAGCCAUUUGGAAUGGGCAGGAUCCAGGGUCCCUUAAAUGUCGUGCCCGUAGUGAAGAGUUCUCGAAUCGAGAGCCAAUGGUGGACGAUCGAGUCAUUGAUAUCAUUAAGGCACUUGGUUUGGAGGGACUUCUCAGGACUCCGGGUAGAGAGAUUGAUCAUGGCCUGAUAAUGGCCUUAGUGGAGCGAUGGCGGCCCGAGACUCACACAUUCCACAUGCCGCAUGGUGAGGUCACCAUCACACUGCAGGAUGUGGAGGUUCUUCUUGGACUUCCUGUUGAUGGUGACGCUGUAACAGGGAGCACACAAAAAGAAUGGGAGAAUGUGUGUGAUGAGUACCUUGGCUUUCGACCUACCAAUGAAGACCAUCUGGAAUGUGCUGGCCAAAGGAUUCUCAUCAAACGGCUUUUGGAGCAAGUUGCCCAUCCACUGCCGCCUAAUGCUGAAGACGAUGAAGUGCAUAGGUACGCACGAUGCUACAUCCUAGCGCUAUUGGGGGACACAAUCUUCAUGGACAAAUCCGGUGAUAGGGUGCAUCUAAUGUGGGUGCAGCAGUUGGAAGACCUUCGCAACCCACGAAGGUAUAGUUGGGGAAGUGCUUGCCUUGCAUGGUUGUACCGACAAUUAUGCAGGGCAAGCGAUAAGAAAGCUAGUCAGAUUGGUGGGUGUUUAUUGUUGGUCCAGUAUUGGGCGUGGGCCAGAUUCCCCUUUUUGUGCCCGGCAGUGGAGCGUGGCCCACCAGUGGGUGCUUAUGGUCCUCCAGUGCGUGGUCCACUGUCCCUUAAGUGGGUGUGGGUUCCAAACAAGAAAAAUAGGCCCGCCCAGGUCUUCAGGGACAGGUAUCGGGAGCAAAUAGCUUUAAUGUUGCCAAACCAGGUGGUGUGGCAGCCGUAUGAAGAUGAAUACGAGAACCUUCCGCCGUGGUGCGUUGCAGGGAGGGCAGUGUGGACGGCAAUCGUGCCGCUUGUAUGUUUCCAUCUAGUAGAGAAACAUACACCGGAUCGUGUCGUUCGGCAAUUUGGGAUGAUCCAAGAAAUUCCCCGCAAUGUUAACACGGACCCGGUGCUUCAUGCAAUUGAUUUGAGGGGGAAGAUGGGUGUUGAUUGGAUGCGGAGACAUGCUAUGCAUCUCACGGACUGGGGUCAUCGCCUUCAACGGCGUUGUGAAGCAGUGCUUGGUGAUAUGCCUCUACAGCACGAGUACUUCGAUUGGUUCACAAGGAUAACUCGAAGGUUUAUCGAUAUCCCUGGUGCUAGAUUCAUUCUAAUGAUUGAAGGAUAUGUCCGUAUGAUGCGCCGUCACCUAGUGGGCACGGAGGAGCACAAUGACAUUAUUAAUGUGCUGGAGGCAGUGCAUGAGAUUGGCCGUGUACGACCUCGGGAACCUGAGGCCCCGAACGAGGAGGCAGCUACUCCUGCGGUUGUCCCUACCCUCGAUCCCUCUCCAUCCACCGCACAUCCAUCCCUUAGCCCCACCAUCCCUUCACCCACCCCACAUCCAUCCGUUAGCCCCACCAUCCCUUCACCCACCUCACAUCCAUCCCCUACCCCUACCAUCCCUUUAGCCACUCCACAUGAGUCCCCUAGUCCCACCAUCCCUCCACCCACCCCACAUGAGUCCCCUAGUCCCACCAUCCCUCCACCCACUCCACAUGCCUGUCCUGGGUCUGACAUUCGUCCACCCACCCCACGGUCAUUUCCUGAGCUAUCACCUAUUCCAUCAUUUGACCUGGGUCUUGAUCAAACCCCUCCUGACUUGCAACAGGACCCACAUUCCCACAGUACAUCCACUGGCCCACCCCAUGUUCAGCCUGAGCAGCCUGUUGGGUUAGCUGCAGCGGCAGAAGGUCGGCCAAAACGCAUAUCUAAGGCACCUCCUUGUGGGACAGGGGGGCACAAACAUGGACACAACGCUGGGCCGGAGGCAUCUGAUGAAGGACAUGCAAGACCUCCUCCUUAUUAUACGAGAAAGCGUAAGGUUCAAAAAAGCCAUUUACCUCUGAAGAAUAAAGUGGCUGAGCAAAUCUCACUUGAUCCAUUGACAAAUAUGACAGGCGAUGUCUGGCAUGUAUUCCUGAAAGGAGACUUCAAACACAUGCUUUAUGGCUACAAAUUUGAUGGAAAAUUCUCCCCAGACAAAGGGCUUUACUAUGAUUCUUCUCGGAUUCUAUUGGAUCCUUAUGCAAAAGCAGUUAUAAGCAGAGGUGAGUUUGGUGCUUUAGGAGCUGAUGGUAAUUGCUGGCCCCAAAUGGCCUGCAUGGAACCUUCUUUUGAUGAUGAGGUAGCAAAUACUACAUUUACUUCAAUAACUGUGGGCUAUCCCAGUGCACCUACCAAUAAUUUUAGCUUCAAUCCAGAUGGGUCUGCUGUGAACCCUGGAGCUUUCCAGCAGCAUAUUCGAAGUGAUUCUAAUCUUAUGGCUCAGUUGUUUCAGGUAAAACUGUGGUCUUCUUCUUCAAAGUUAUUCUUUGCAUUUCAAAUUGGGGUUUGA